UUCACUAUGAAGGGUAGAAUAACAGUGUACUCUAUUACGGGUUGCCCGUUCUGCAUUCAAGCGAAAAAUAAACUUCGUGAACUAAACUUAGAAUUCGUUGACAUCAAUUUGGACGUCUAUAGAAACAGGCGAAGCGAGAUGAAAGAAAGAACUGGUCGAAAAACCGUGCCUCAAAUAUUUUUCAACGCGAAACAUAUCGGUGGGUUUAGCGAUUUCGAUGCUUUGAGUUUCAGUGAACUGGAUGAAUUGAUCAAAGACGUAAAUGAAAAUGAAGCUCCAGAUGAUGCACCACAGGUGCCAGAGGAAUCAGAAAACACUGAAGCUGGUGAGUAUGGCAGUUCAGGCUUCUCUUGUGAACAGGAUGAAUUAGCUCAGCUGGCCAAAGAGAUCAAAGAUAGUGGUAUUGUGAAAAACAAUGGCAGUUUCCUAUGGUCGUACAAGGACACCUUCAGAGGAAAAGAAUUUGUUGAUUGGUGGAUAAGUUCAAAAGAUUUUAAUCGAGCAAAAGCAGUUGUAAUAGGUCAAAAUCUUUUAGACAAGCAUUUCGUUCAUUCAGCCAAAAAAGAUUCAGAGAAGUUUCAAGAUGAUGAUACAUUGUACCGGUUGUUGCAGGAUGAUGAAAGUAAUGCAUUGAAUGCAGAUGUCUCAUCAGACUGCGAGCCAAGACCAGCUGCUGAUGUUGGAGAGUCCCUGAGAAAAUUCAUUCUGAAACUCUAUAGCAAGUAUCUCUCUGCAGAUGGAAAGGGUGUUGAUUACAAGGCAAUGAAAUCCAGCCCAGAAUUUCAAGCAUAUGUGAAGCACACAGCAGAAUUAAAGAGAGUUCAAUUGGAAAACGCACCCAGAGAGGAUAAAUUGUCCUUCUUCAUCAAUGUCUACAAUGCAUUGGUUAUACAUGCAAAUGUUGUAAAUGGUCCUCCUGUUAGUCUGUGGCAGCGAUACAAGUUCUUCAAUGUUGUGAGCUACAUCAUUGGUGGUCACAUGUAUUCACUUCAUGAUAUUGAGAGUGGCAUUCUUCGAGCAAACCGCAGAGCAGUGGCAGCGUUUUUCAGACCAUUUUCAAAAACAGAUCCACGCUUGGCAAUAGCUCUUCCAGAACCAGAGCCGAUGAUCCACUUUGCCUUGGUUUGUGGUGCAAAAAGCUGUCCACCAAUCAAAACCUACACAGCUCAGGGUAUAGAUGAAGAACUGAGACUUGCUGGGGAAGCGUUUCUUGAGGGUGAAGAUGGCUGUGAGAUCAGUGUUUGUAAAAAGGAGGUUAAAUUAAGCAUGAUUUUUAAGUGGUAUAAAGAGGACUUUGGAAACAACAAGUUAGAGAUAGCACAAUGGGUGCACGACCACUUGGGCGAAUGUGACAAGAAGAAGGAUUUAGCAGAAUUGCUGAUCGAUGAAAAUUUCAAAUUGACUCAUAUGUCCUACAAUUGGAAUCUAAAUUCGAAAUAAAAAAGUUAACAGGACCACUUCACAUUAUACUGACGUACAUUAGCAAUAUUUACUGUAAGCAAAUCAGUGGAAAAUACACAGGAUAUAAGAGAUUUUGUACGUAGAAUAUAAAUAUUCAUAUAGAUGUAGAUUUGAAAAUUUAAUGUAAACGUCUCGUAUUGACUGUCUGUAGUGACAAAUCGACUAAUCGAAUAGCAUAGUUCAA